CCUAGCUAAUUGGCUUUGAUUGCGAAUCCUCCUCAGCGCGAUAGUAACUUGAUGUUUGCUCUAUUUUCUGACUAGUCACACGCUCACUCGGUCAACGCACCCAUCGCACUCUCUCGGAGCCUCACAAGCCGUCAUGACGCCACUGCGCAUCCUCCUGCUCGCCAUUUUCAUCAUCUCUCUCACAUUGCGCCUCACAAAAGGUCUCAAACCAUUGGACAAGAGAUGUUGCAAAGCGGCACAAGAUUCCCGCCAGUGUGUGAAAGAAUGCCGGAAGCUUCUCAGACAACCGAUUCGCAACAACUCGAGCAGACGAGCGGAAGGAAAAGUCGUGCGACGGUUGAAGAGCUGUCCACUCGUAUGGACUUCCUUUUGGCGCUGCGUGAAUGAGUCAAUCAGCGAUUCGGCACCGACGGCGACAUCACCGUCCACCACACUCCAACAUCCGGUCCCACAGGGUCGAGGGCAUUCGUGCUGUAAGGAAGCGACCACCGACCUAUGCAGGUCGAUGUGCAACCACAUAUCCGCAUCAGAAAUCGGUCUCGAUGAUACAGGCAAAGUCGAGUAUCUCAUUCCCUACUGUGGUUCACCUCCAAGGGGUCCACUCUGGAACUGCUUUCUAUCUGAAGAUGGAGAGCCCGAGUCGACUCGAAUUGAAGGCAGAAUGAAGUCGUUGUCUGUGCCUACUGUUGGUACACCAGCGUUGCCAGCCGAUGCGAUGAAGAUUCAAUGUUGUUCUCGGGCUGUUUCAGAGAACUGUCGUGACAUGUGCACCGAGUAUUUUUCUUACUUGGUCGCUUCGAAGCAAGCGUGGAGUAUCUUCGAAGCGUCGUGUUUAUUGAUGCCCGAAGAACUCGUGCUCCACAGAUGCAUCGAAGAUGUCCUUGGUGUCUGUAAACUCGGCUGCAAAGGUCUCACCUACUGCCAAGCAUUUAACAACAGACCUCUCCAGACGUUCCGACAAUGCACGAUAGCUGCGGAUAUUUCUGCUCGUAACGACUUGACAUCGUGGAUACGAAACGGUCUCCCCGACCCUCUCGCCAGUUUUCCUCUUAGACACAUCAGCAAGUGUCAGCCAGCAGCAUGGAAGGCAUUGGCGUGUGUUUUUCAAGUGAAGCCGUGCCAUCCAGAAACCCACGUCAGCAAGAUAUGCUAUUCCGAUUGUAUGUGGUUGGUGGACAAAUGUGGAGACAAGAAGCAAAUGUAUCAGCGAGGGCUGUCAUCCAAGAUCAUCUGCGAUCGCAUCACUCCCUUCAAUACGACGUGCAUCAGUCUGAGAGACUUCAUCAGCAGUGAGGAGACAAACGUAAUCGAAGGAGACGACACGACACUAGGCACGACGGACGUGACGUAUCCUUGUCAGCCAAAUCCUUGUCGGGAUGGGUUUGUUUGUGAGGUCAACAGAGAGUGUUUGACGUCGAGAGCAGGAUGUACGUCUUAUCGUUGUGUUAGAGGAUGUAACACUGACAUGAGGUCUGUGUUUUUUGUCGAGCAAGGUGACUGGGUGAAGGUCGGUGUUGCUGGCCAAUCAGAUUGCUCUCAGUUGUGUCAGUGUGGUGAACGCAAUAGGAUCAAGUCUUGCCAGCCGGCCACGUGUGGAAACGUGCACCGGAAUUGUACUCAUCAACAGCAAGUGUACGAACACGGGGAUGUUUACUUGUCUGACUGCAGCCGGUGUGGUUGCUACGAUGGGCAAAUGAGGUGUUCAAGUGUCUUGGGCUGCAACAACAGUACAGUUGACAUUCAUACUUUGGUUUGUGAGAAUGUUGCAUGCCCACCUCUUCAGUCAAAUUGUAAGGGAGUUGUACCACAUGGAAGGUGUUGUCCAAUAUGUGGAGCUACAAUCUCAUUCUUUGUUGACUACCUGACAACCAACUCAUCACACAACACAAAUCAUCACGUUUCUGCCAACACAAUCACUGAAAUCUUGCGACAUCUCAAACGUCUUGUCAACACAUUUGAGUGUGAUGUACAAGGAUUGUCAUCAGAUGCAGGAUCAUUGACUAUAUUGGUCAAAAGUACAGUUGAAUCACCACGUGCUAUUCAUGUGAACGUGUGCAAUGCCGAGGCACAAAGGCUCGUCUCCCUCUUCACAUCUCGCAGUCCCAUCAUCACAUCCAAUCCCACACUCGAAAAUCUAAUGUCUCCACAGAUGCAGCAACCAACACUCAUCGAUACCAACGAUCUCGCUGUACUUAUCGAUACCAACGAUCUCGCUGUACUUCCAUCCAACAGUGGUCACGUGACACAGCCCAUUUCACUAUUGUCCGUCCUUCUCAUAUUCAUUCACUGGAUUUUACUGUCAAGAUAGAAUUGGUCGGUUACUCUCUUGCUUUGUUGUUGCUAUGACAUGAGGAGAAAUAGUUACAUUGUGACGAUUAUUUUUGUAUAAAUAUUACUUACCGGUAGCUCAGUUGGAUUGUAUGUACAUCUUAUGGAGAGACUUUGCAGUUAUUAUAUUGCUGGUACACUGUAGGACACGUAGCGAGUUCUGCUGCUGUUCAAUGUCACAAAUGAUAGAGAGAAAGUACAAUGGGA